AUGAGUUCAGACGCUGACAUGGCUGUUUUUGGGGAGGCCGCUCCAUAUCUGAGGAGACCCGAACGAGAGAGGAUUGAAGCUCAGAACAGGCCCUUUGAUGCCAAAACUGCAGUGUUUGUGGCGGAUCCAAAGGAGCUCUUUGUUAAAGGCACAUUGCAAAGCAAAGAGGGUGGCAAAGCGACUGUUAAAACUCAGUCAGGACAGGUUGUAACAGUGAAGGAGGAUGAAAUCUUCCCUAUGAACCCACCCAAGUUUGAUAAGAUUGAGGACAUGGCCAUGAUGACACACCUUAAUGAGGCGGCUGUGCUGUUUAACCUCAAAGAGCGUUACGCAGCUUGGAUGAUCUAUACCUACUCUGGGUUGUUCUGUGUCACUGUGAACCCUUACAAGUGGCUCCCAGUGUACAACCAGGAAGUGGUGGUAGCCUACAGGGGUAAAAAGCGCCAGGAGGCUCCACCACACAUUUUCUCCAUUUCCGACAAUGCAUAUCAGUCGAUGCUUACUGAUAGAGAAAACCAGUCCAUCCUCAUCACUGGAGAAUCCGGUGCAGGAAAGACUGUCAACACCAAGCGUGUCAUCCAGUACUUUGCGACAAUUGCAGGCUCCGGGGACAGGAAAAAAGAUGCUGCUGCCACUGGAAAAUUACAGGGGAAUCUGGAGGAUCAAAUCAUCUCUGCUAACCCUUUGUUGGAAGCCUUUGGAAAUGCCAAGACUGUCAGAAAUGAUAACUCUUCACGCUUUGGCAAAUUCAUCAGGAUCCACUUUGGAACCACAGGAAAGCUGGCUUCUGCUGAUAUUGAGACUUAUUUACUGGAAAAAUCCAGAGUAACGUUUCAACUGUCCGCAGAGAGGAGUUACCAUAUUUUCUACCAGAUAAUGUCCAACAAGAGGCCUGAGCUCAUAGAAACUCUCCUCAUUACCACCAACCCCUAUGACUACCCAUUUGUCAGCCAGGGGGAGAUCAGCGUGGCGAGUAUUGAUGACAGUGAAGAAUUGAUGGCCACUGAUAGUGCUAUCGACAUCCUGGGCUUCACUGGAGAGGAGAAGAUUGGCAUCUAUAAGCUGACAGGUGCCGUGAUGCAUUAUGGGAAUAUGAAGUUCAAGCAGAAGCAGAGAGAGGAGCAGGCAGAGCCAGACGGCACAGAGGUUGCUGACAAAGCAGCUUACCUGAUGGGUCUAAACUCUGCAGACCUGCUGAAAGCUUUGUGUUAUCCAAGAGUAAAGGUUGGCAAUGAGUAUGUGACCAAAGGGCAGACUGUUCAGCAGGUCUACAAUUCUAUUGGCGCUUUGGCCAAAUCAGUCUAUGAGAAGAUGUUUCUCUGGAUGGUCCUCCGCAUUAAUCAGAUGCUUGACACGAAGCAACCUCGGCAGUUCUUUAUUGGAGUCCUGGACAUUGCUGGAUUUGAAAUCUUUGAUUAUAACAGUCUGGAACAGUUGUGUAUCAAUUUCACCAAUGAGAAACUGCAACAGUUUUUCAACCAUCACAUGUUUGUGCUGGAGCAAGAGGAGUAUAAAAAGGAAGGCAUCGAGUGGGAGUUCAUUGACUUUGGGAUGGAUCUGGCUGCCUGUAUCGAGCUCAUUGAGAAGCCAAUGGGCAUCUUUUCCAUCCUUGAAGAGGAGUGUAUGUUCCCUAAGGCUUCAGACACGACCUUUAAAAACAAGUUGUAUGACCAACAUCUUGGAAAAUCAAGCAACUUUCAGAAGCCCAAGUCUGUCAAAGGCAAGGCUGAAGCUCAUUUCUCUUUGGUGCACUAUGCCGGGACUGUGGAUUACAGCAUCACAGGCUGGUUAGACAAAAACAAGGACCCGCUGAAUGAGACUGUCGUCCAACUCUACCAGAAAGCCAGCCUGAAACUACUGGCUUUCCUCUAUUCUAACUAUGCUUCUACUGAGGUUGGAAGUGGUGGUGUUAAGAAAGCAGCAAAGAAGAAGGGUGCAUCGUUCCAGACUGUGUCAGCCCUCUUUAGGGAGAAUCUGGGAAAGCUAAUGACAAACCUGAGGAGCACCCAUCCUCACUUUGUUAGGUGCCUGAUCCCAAAUGAAACUAAAACUCCAGGGAUUAUGGAACACCAUCUGGUCAUCCAUCAGCUGAGAUGUAAUGGUGUGUUAGAAGGAAUCAGGAUCUGCAGGAAGGGCUUUCCCAGUCGGAUCCUGUAUGGGGAUUUCAAGCAAAGGUACAAAGUACUGAAUGCCAGUGUGAUUCCUGAAGGACAAUUCAUUGACAACAAGAAAGCUUCUGAGAAGCUCUUGGGCUCUAUCGAUGUAGAUCACACACAGUAUAAGUUCGGACAUACCAAGGUAUUUUUCAAAGCAGGACUUUUGGGUCUGCUGGAAGAGAUGAGGGAUGAAAAACUUGCCUCUCUUAUCACAAUUACUCAGGCUUUGUGCCGUGGCUUUCUCAGAAGGAAGGAGUUUCAGAAAAUGAUGGAGAGAAGAGAGUCUAUUUAUAUCAUUCAGUAUAAUAUUCGCUCCUUCAUGAAUGUGAAACACUGGCCAUGGAUGAAGCUCUACUUUAAGAUCAAGCCACUCUUGAGGAGUGCUGAGACUGAGAAGGAGAUGGCCAUGAUGAAAGUUGAAUUUGCCAAGUGUAAGGAGGAUUUAGCCAAAGCUGAGGCUAAGAAGAAGGAGCUGGAAGCCAAAAUGGUUUCUCUACUUCAGGAAAAGAACGACUUGUGUCUGCAGAUUCAAGCUGAAAGUGAGAGUUUGGCAGAUGCCGAGGAGCGAUGCGAGGGACUGAUAAAGAACAAGAUCUUGCUGGAGGCUAAAACCAAAGAACUAAGUGAGAGACUAGAGGAUGAGGAGGAGCUGAACGCUGAACUGACUGCCAAGAAGAGGAAGCUAGAAGAUGAAUGCUCUGAGCUGAAGAAGGAUAUUGAUGAUUUGGAGCUCACCUUGGCUAAAGUGGAAAAAGAAAAGCAUGCCACUGAAAACAAGGUGAAGAACCUGACAGAAGAAAUGUCGUGUCUUGAUGACACUAUUGCUAAGUUAUCCAAGGAGAAGCUGGCCCUCCAAGAGGUCCACCAGCAGACACUAGAUGAUCUGCAAGCAGAAGAAGACAAAGUCAACUCUCUAACCAAAGCUAAGAUCAAGCUGGAGCAACAAGUUGAUGAUCUUGAGGGCUCUCUAGAACAAGAAAAGAAAGUUCGAAUGGAUGUCGAGAGGGCUAAAAGAAAGCUUGAAGGAGAUCUGAAACUGGCUCAGGAAUCCAUAAUGGAUUUGGAAAAUGGCAAUCAACAGCUGAAGGAGCAUCUCAAAAAGAAAGACUUCGAAUUAAGCCAGUUUGUAUCAAAAAUUGAGGAUGAGCAAAGUGCAGCUGUACAAUGUCAGAAGAGGAUCAAGGAGCUUCAGGCAUGCAAUGAAGAGCUAGUGGAAGAGCUUGAAGUUGAGCGUGUUGCUAGGGCCAAGGUGGAAAAGCAAAGGUCUGAUCUUUCCAGAGAGCUUGAGGAGAUCAGUGAGAGGCUGGAGGAGGCUGGAGGAGCCACGGCUGCUCAAGUAGAACUGAACAAGAAGCGAGAGGCUGAGUUUCAGAAAUUAAGACGAGACCUCGAAGAAUCGACCCUACACCACGAGGCCAUCGCUGCAGCUUUAAGAAAGAAGCACGCUGACAGUGUGGCUGAGCUGGGAGAGCAGAUUGACAAUCUGCAGAGAGUCAAGCAGAAGCUAGAAAAGGAGAAGAGUGAGUACAAGAUGGAGACUGAUGAUCUGUCUAGCAACAUGGAGAUCAUGGUCAAAGCAAAGAUUAAUUAUGAAAAGCUGUGCCACUCUCUGGAAGACCAACUGAGUGAAUACAAAACAAAACAUGAUGAGAGCACACAUCUGAUCACUGACGUAAAUGCUCAAAAGGCAAGACUUCAGAAUGAAAAUGGUGAGCUCUCUCGUCUGCUUGAGGAGAAAGAAGCAAUACUCUCUCAGAUGUUGAGGUCCAAGCUUGCCUUUACCCAGCAAGUCGAGGAACUGAAGAGACAGGUUGAGGAAGAAAUAAAGGCAAAGAAUGCCCUGUCCCAUGCUCUUCAAUCUGCCCGCCAUGACUGUGAUUUGCUGAGGGAGCAGUAUGAGGAGGAACAAGAGGCCAAGGCUGAGCUCCAGAGAGCAAUGUCCAAGGCCAACAGUGAGGUGGUUCAGUGGAGAACCAAGUACGAGACGGAUGCCAUCCAGCGCAAUGAUGAAUUGGAAGAGGCAAAGAAAAAGCUAGCACAGCGUUUGCAGGAGGCUGAGGACGCAAUUGAGGCUGUGAAUGCCAAGUGUUCCUCUUUGGAGAAGACAAAGCAAAGGCUGCAGGGAGAAGUGGAGGACCUCAUGGCUGACGUGGAAAGAGCAAACGCUCAAGCAGCUGGUCUGGAUAAAAAGCAGAGGAGCUUUGAUAAGAUUCUUUCUGAGUGGAAGCAGAAAUAUGAGGAAACUCAGGCUGAACUGGAUGGUGCACAGAAAGAGUCUCGCUCCCUUAGCACUGAACUCUUCAAAACAAAGAAUUCUUAUGAGGAAGCGUUGGAGCAGCUCGAAGUCCUCAAACGAGAGAACAAAAACCUGCAACAAGAAAUUUCUGAUCUGACUGAACAGCUCGGAGAGAACGGCAAAGCCAUUCAUGAGCUGGAGAAGACUAAGAGGCAAAAUGAAACCGAGAAGACAGAGAUUCAGACUGCUUUGGAGGAAGCUGAGGCUUCUCUGGAGCAUGAGGAAUCCAAAAUUUUGCGUAUUCAGUUGGAGCUCACUCAGGUCAAAGGGGACAUCGAUCGCCGGCUGGCAGAGAAGGAUGAGGAGAUUGAGCAGAUGAAACGCAACCACCAGCGUGUUUUGGAGACAAUGCAGUCAGCUCUAGAUGCUGAGAUGCGCAGCAAGAAUGAUACCAUUCGAAUUAGGAAAAAAAUGGAAACUGACCUCAACGAGAUGGAGAUACAGCUUAGCCAUGCCAAUCGACAGGCUGCUGAAAUCCAGAAGCAGCUGAGGAACAUACAAAGCCACCUCAAAGAACAAACCAUUCACCUGGAUGAGGCUCUGCGGACCCAGGAUGACCUAAAAGAGCAGGUGGCCAUGGUGGAGCGCAAGAGUAGCCUGCUACAGGCAGAAGUGGAGGAGCUGCAGGCUGCUCUGGAACAGUCAGAAAGAAGCCGGAAAUUAGCUGAAGGGGAAGUAGCUGAUGCCUGUGAGCGAGUCGGGCUGUUACACUCUCAGAACACCAGUCUGCUCAACUCUAAGAGAAAGCUGGAUGCAGAUGUCAGCCAGCUGCAGGGGGAGGUGGAGGAUGCAACCCAAGAGGCUCGUAAUGCAGAGGAAAAAGCCAAAAAGGCCAUCACUGAUGCAGCAAUGAUGGCGGAGGAACUGAAGAAAGAACAGGACACAAGCAGUCACCUGGAGAGGAUGAAGAAGAACCUGGAGGUAUCUGUGAAGGAUCUGCAACACCGCCUGGACGAAGCAGAGAACCUGGCUCUGAAGGGGGGCAAGAAGCAGCUUCAGAAACUGGAAGCACGGGUGCGUGAGCUGGAGGGGGAAGUGGAACUUGAACAGAAAAGAGCCGCUGAUGCCAUAAAAGGAGUCCGGAAAUACGAGAGGAGAGUCAAGGAGCUCACUUACCAGACUGAGGAGGACAAGAAGACUGUUUUGAGACUACAGGACCUUGUAGACAAGCUGCAGCUCAAAGUCAAGGCCUACAAACGACAAAAUGAAGAAGCGGAGGAGCAGGCCAACGUUCAUCUUGCUAAGCUGAGGAAGGUGCAACAUGAGCUGGAGGAGGCGCAGGAGCGUGCAGACAUCGCUGAAUCCCAGGUUAACAAGAUGAGAGCUAAGAGCAGAGAGUUUGGAAAGGCUGCAGAAUCUGAGUAAAACUUCCAGCGAUGGCAGAACUUAUUAGCAUAAAUGGAAAUGAACAAACUUUUGUUGUUUUGC